GGCACAUGAGCAGAUCCCCGAUAACCAGAGUGACGACGAACUUGAGAUCGUACACAGUCAGCAAGAAGAAAUUAUGCAAAUUCAACCGGUCGAGCAACUCAUUGACGAGGAGGAUGAUAUCGUGGAUGUUGAUGACGAAGUACCAGACACUCAGCCAGUGGAAUUCGAGGAUGACGAACCCGAAGAACCACGAACGGACGAGGAGAUGACCAUACUCUUGAAAUCACCAGAGGAACGAGAAGAGAUAGAGGAUGAGAUCGCUGAUCUUGAGGACGCUGUCCCGCAACUGACAGAAGACUACAAGAUUGUGGACCGACUCGGCACUGGUACUUUCUCGUCUGUUUACAAGGCACUAGACAUUUCCUAUGAAGCCAAAUGGCACAAUAGCUGUUGGCAAGGUCGUCAUCCUCCUUCAUCAUCCGCGCGCUAUCAGUCCACCCCUCCAACGUCUGGAUCCAAGGUCUUUGUCGCAAUCAAGCGAAUUUACGUUACCAGCAACCCAGAGCGCAUACGCAAUGAAAUUAUGAUUCUUGAGGAUUGCCGAGGCGCUCGACACGUUUCUCAGCUUAUCACUGCUUUCCGCCACCGUGAUCAAGUGGUUGCUGUCAUGCCGUACCAUCACAAUGAUGACUUCCGUGAUUUUUACCGAACAUUGCCUAUGUCUGGGGUCAAAGCGUACUUCCGUUGCCUGCUGCGCGCAUUGCGCGAUAUUCAUGCACGAGGGGUCAUUCACCGUGACGUAAAACCUGCAAAUUUCUUAUUCGACUCUCGUACUUAUAUUGGAACCCUUUGCGACUUUGGCUUGGCUUGUCGUGUUGACCUUGAUGCGAAACACGGGCACUGCUUGCAUACUCCACCAUCGCGGGAGUAUCUACAUGGCCAAAAGAAGUCGGGUAAACUCAUUGAUACCAAUCUCGUCAAGGCCAUGCAGCGCGAUGCACGACAGAAAGGCACCUUGCCGUCUGAUCGAGUCGGAUAUCUUGAGAAAGACUUGAGACCUCAUUCAAAGGCUAACAGGGCAGGAACGCGCGGUUUCCGAGCUCCUGAAGUUCUAUUAAAAUGCAACGAUCAAACAGGCGCCAUCGACAUCUGGUCCGCUGGUAUGAUUCUUCUAUUCUUCCUAACCGGCAAGUUUCCCCUUUUCCAAUCGAACGACGACAUUGAGGCUCUCAUGGAGAUUGCCGCUAUUAUUGGCAAGAGGCGCAUGGAAAGCGCCGCGACACUGCACAAUCGGACCUUUGCCACAAACGUACCUGCUAUU